UUGCAUUAAAAAUAACUCAUAAAAAGUACAGAACAUUCCGUGCUAACAUGAAUGUUGCUGUUUUUUUUUUACUUCCUCAUUUUUAAGUCAAUUAUUGCAUGCUGUUUGGAAAGGUGGCCAAAUGAUGAGGAACUUCACUUCUCUAAACAUCCUUCACCUCUCUGCUCAAAAAGACCUGACAAAAAGACUUUCUGCCUCUUCUGAAACACAAAGAUGGCUGCAGCUCUGACUCUCCUCCUCAUUGGCUGUCUGCUGCAAGGUGCCCUGUGUGGAAAGUUUGAGAUCAUUAUACCAAAGACUAUAGAGGUUCUGAAGGGAUCCUGUGUGACAAUCCCCUGCUCCUUUGACGUAGAUGAUCAACAUAAUGUCAACUUAGAUAACACAUGUAAAGCUUUAUGGAAAGAAUCUUAUACCAGGCCUGCUGUGUUUGAUAGCAGUAAUCCACAACAGAGUACAAUCAAAGGACAAUUAAUCGGUGACUUAACAAAAAAAGACUGCACCACAACCCUGAAUGACAUGCAACCUCAAAACAACAAAGUGUAUCAUUUUAGAUUGGAAUGUGACAUUCUGAAAUACUUUUUUGAUGGCGUGAAAAUUUCAGUCAAAGAUGAUCCACCCAGACCGACUCUGACUCCGCCCACACUGAAGGUGAAGGAGGGAACCUCAGUGAGUUUGAAUUGCUCUGCUCCAGCUCCCUGUCUGUCUCUUCCUCCAAAUCUGACAUGGAGCCCCGGCCUGGGUGAAGAUCAGGAGACCCUGCAGGAGAAUCAGGACAAAACUAAAGUCAAGAUCUCUGUGCUGAACUUCAAAGCAUCACACCUCCAUCACGGACAGGAAAUCUCCUGUACUGCUGUCUACAGAAAACAAGAUGGCAGCACUGAGUCAUCUGUGAAAACCAGUUUAACAGCUGACAUUACAUAUUCACCCAAAGGGACCACAGUGUCAGUCAGUCCCUCUGGUCCAGUGCAAGAAGACAAAAAUGUGACACUGACUUGCAGUGCUAAUGCCAACCCAGCUGUAAAGAACUACACCUGGUACAGAGCUGAUGGAGGCCAGGAGACUUUCAUGGGGACUGGACGUGUUUUAAACAUCAAAGCUUCUAGGGAGAGAGGACCUUUUUUCUGCCGUGCAGCAAAUGAAGAGGGAAGUGGAAGAUCGAACAACACACAGAUGGAUGUUCAGUAUGCUCCACAGAUCAUGUCCUCAUCUGAUUGCACCAAAACUGCAAACCAGGUCAACUGUUCCUGUGAGUCUACAGGAAAUCCUCCUCCCACUUUACAAUGGAGUUUGGAUGGGUUAGCUGUCAAUCACUCAGAAGAGUUUGCAGUCAGUUAUGGCACAGGCGGGAGCUUCAUCACCAUGAGUCAAGCCCAAUGGAAGGAUCACUUCACUGUACUUUGUCGCAGUUCAAACUCUCUGGGAUCUGCUUCUCAGCGAUUUCUUUUCUACAGCCUUCCACCAUCUGCAGAAAAUAGCGUGAUUUUGCCAGUCUUCAUCCCCACCAUUGUCGUCUUCCUAGUGGUAAUAUGUGCACUACUAGUGCUAGUAUGUGCUCUACUCUUUGUUAUCAGGGCUCAGAGGACUCAACACAACCUGCUUAAGAGUCAGGGGUCAGGUAACACCAGCACAGUUGCUAUAAGCCAACUUCUACCAAGCGGAGAAGGAAAUAAGGAACCCAACAAAACAGAUGAGGACAUUUAUGUCAACAUGUAUGAGCUAAAGAAACCAGGUGUCACCCAACCUGCAACUACCUCUGAGCCAAUCAGCACCAACUUACAAAGCUCAAGCCGAAACAACACAGAAGAUGCCAGUACAAGUUCAGAGAAGAAAAACGAGGAAAGCAAAGAUGUGAUUUACACUAAUGUGAUUUGGAGGAGUAAAGGGGAGAAGGUGGGAGGAAGCUCUGGGGACACAAAUCAGUCAGGUCGCUCCUAUCUCGAGGAGAAGCGCUUGGAGGGAGGAUUUAAUUUGUAGUUUUAUUUUUUUAAGAACUUUUGAUAAUGCUGUGCUCUUUCGUAUAGUAUAUUUUCUUGUUUAAUUGUUUUUUUUUUGCUUGCUCUUAAUCGAUACAUGAGUUAAAUUGUAGUCCAUUACAGUCCAUUUUCCACAAAAGAACAAAAUGAAGUAAAAAUAUGUUGAAACUUA